AGAUGAUCAAUUUUCCCCAAGACUUUAGAAAUUAUAUACGAUUAUCAAAUAAAAGAACUCUUAGCACAAUAAAUUCAUUUUUCUUUACGGAACUCCACAGUUACAACAUAUUAUAAUUGAUAAUAUCAAAUGCAACGUCUUAAAUAAUAGUUUGCCAUAAGUGCGAAAACAUGUGGCCUGAAUUAGGUACAACUUUGGUUUGUUUAUUACUAACAGCUUUAUUUGGAUUCUAUGUAUUAUUAUUAAUUUUAAAAAUUCUAACAGACCCAGAGACUGUAAUGUGCAAUUGUAAAACAAGACUAGAAGGUAAAACUGUUCUGGUGACCGGCGGAAAUUCAGGCAUCGGCUUCGAAACAGCAAAAAAUCUAGCCCAGCGUGGUGCAAGGGUCAUCAUAGCAGAUGUUACGAACGCUGAAAAGUCAGUCGAAGAAAUCAUCAGAUUCACGGGCAACGAAAAAGUAGAAUACCGAUAUUUGAAUCUCGCUAAUUUCAAAAGCGUUAAAGUUUUCGCUGAAGACAUUAAUAAAACAAUAGACCAUUUGGAUAUUUUGGUUAAUAACGCUGGAUGUUUGAUGGAUAACAAAACUACAGAAGAUGGAAUAAAUUUGAUAAUGCAAGUUAAUUACUUGGGACCGUAUCUGCUAACUAAACUGAUUUUAGCAAAGCUCAUCAAAACGCAAAGCCGAAUAGUGAACGUAUCAUCUGGAAUGUAUUUCUGUGGUGAAUUAGACUUGCAAGAUCUAGCAGGAUUGAAACAGAAUAUUUUUUUUGAAUCAUACAACAAUAGCAAACUCUGUACUGUUCUGUGGACGAAGGCGUUGGCCAAGACCCUGCCCAAAAAUGUGUCAGUGUUCUGUUUACACCCAGGCAUGGUGGCAACAAAUAUUGUUGGUUUCAUAAAAGGCCCAAUCGGUACAUUUCUUAAGAAAUGCUCAACCUUGAUAGUGAGAAAUCCGUAUGAAGGUGCCCAAACGAGUAUUCACCUUUGUGUGGCUCCGGAUAUAGAAGCAUUGUCUGGAAGUUAUUUUUCGAAUUGUAAAGUGGCAACUACGACCAAAAUUAUAAAUGAUACUAAUAUAGAUGGUUUGUGGAAUGAAACUACUCUCUUUUUGAAAGAAGAAAUGAAUGGAUAAGUGAAUAAUUAAUAUAUUAUUUCUGGAAAAUGUAAAUACUAACACAAUAGUUUUAAAUUAACGUAAUGUUAGAUUAACAUUAUAUAAUAAAAGUCUUAUAUUUCAUUCUUUAAAACCGUAUUCCAUAUUAUGAAUUAGGGUUAACCUAACCAAACAAAGCAUUUAAAAUAAUGUUGUUUUUGUUAAAGUACUUAGAUACUAGUAAUUUCGUAAUUACCAUAGGAUAAAUUGAGAAUAUGUGCUCUUCAGUCUGUAAUUUUAACAAAAAUAAAAUAAAGAAAUGUA